AGGUAUACAAAAGUCAAGUCUACCUCACCAUACCAAGAUGGCGGACUCUGACCGGAUUUCCCGUGACCUUAGCAAAGGUCGUGGAAGUUCAAGGCCAACACAAACUGUCUCCUUACCCCGACUGGGCGUCCCAGACUAUCGGAGACUGCCAGGCACUGCAGUACAUCCAGAGCAUGGAGAUUGACCCCAACACUGGCCACAUGUACGUCAUAGACACGGGGAGAAUUGGGCUGGCGUCUCCAAAUGUACAGCCCCAGAAUCUGUGCCCAGCCAAAAUCGUGGUCUACGAUCUGAACACCGACCAGCAAACCGCCAGUUACGAGAUUCCGGCUGAUGUUGUGAGUAGAGACAAGAACUUUAUGAAUGACAUUGUCCUUGAUUACGUCGACGGUAAAGUAAGAUACGCAUACAUUAGCGAUGUCGCAGAGGCGAAGCUGCAUAUCUACGACUUCGAAACUAAAACUGGUCGGAAUUUGGUAGACGAGGCAUCCAUGCAGGCGGAGGCAGAUGGGUCGAUAAUCACAAUUAACGACGUAAACUAUACGUUCGCUGCUGGCAUUGACGGUAUAGCGAUGUCCCCGGACUUUGACUACGUGUAUUAUUGUCCGUUGGGAGGGUACAACCUCUACCAAGUGCCAACGUCAACGCUGCGUAAUGGCGGAACUUCCGGGAUAAGACUUUUGGGAAGGAAAGUCUCCCAGAGCGACGGCUUGGUUUACAGUAGCAAACGUUUGUACUACGGCGGGCUAGGUACAAACGCUGUGUACUUCUGGAACUCUGAGAAAGACACAACCGAUCAGAACGUGGACAUCGGUCAAGCGAACCUGACCACACAGACGCAACUGGUACAGAACGACGAGACCAUGCAGUGGCCAGACACGUUCGCGAUUGACGAGGAAGGCUGGCUGUGGUUUGUCUCCAACCGUCUCCACUUGUUCUCCACAGGCACAAUGAACUUGACGGGGUCAGAGGUGAACAUGAGGGUGUGGAAGGUGUUCAUUAAUGAGACGAGCUAUCUGCACGGAGCUCACACCAGGACGGCGUCCAGGGGUGUUGGCUUGACCACUGCGAUGACCGCUAUCUACGUCACUAGUGUGUGUGUGGUGGUCAGUGUAGUGUGUAGAUGGUGGUGAAAGUUGUGAUGGCGCUGGGCGAACUCAUGUCUGAUCGCUGCCCUAGUCACUGCUGUGUAUGCGUGUGUAUGUGUGUGUGUGUGUGUGUGUGUGU